UUGUAAUUAAUUAAGCUCGUUCUCAUCUAGUACUAUCACUAUAUAUGGAUCAUUAUUAUUAUUAUUCAUCAUUCUCUGUUCCACCACCAUAUGCAACUACAUCAAACUUUAAUCAAUCCCUUCCCUUCAACGAAAAUGACUCCGAGGAAAUGCUUCUAUGCGAGGUUCUUGCACAGGGAAGUGGCGGUGAUGCAGCGGAAAACUCCUCCAUCGAAGAGGUGAACUCAACCAUGGCGGCGCUGCAGCCACAACAAGCAUCUUACAGAGGGGUAAGAAGGAGGCCAUGGGGAAAGUACGCGGCAGAGAUAAGGGACUCUACGAGGAACGGCGAGAGGGUAUGGUUGGGAACCUUUGAUACGGCGGAGGAAGCUGCUUUGGCUUACGACCAAGCGGCAUUGGCAAGUAGAGGAUCAGUGGCGAUUUUGAACUUCCCGGCAGGGAUGGUUGUUGAGUCGCUAGAGAAGAUGAUGAUGGAGUGUGGUGGGUUUAGUGAAGGUUGUUCUCCGGUGUUGGAGCUGAAGAAGAAGCAUUCCAUGAAGAGGAAGAUGGAGAACAGGGAGAAGAAACUGCUCAUGAUGAUGAAUACAAAUAAUAACAACAAUCAUCAUAAUCAUAAUCAUGUCAUGGUAUUCCAGGAUUUGGGUGCUGACUAUUUGGAACAACUUCUUACGCUCUCGUCCAAGGAUGCAAUGCUAUAG